UACACAAUAUAACUCAAUUUCUCUCUCUGUCUCUAUUAAUUUGUUCACGUCCAAAACUUGUCCCCUCUUUUUGUGUCAUCUACUUCAAGCAAACUCAUUGACCAAGUAGUAGCUUACCCAAGAGCUAGUACUGCCAUGGGGAGAGCACCAUGUUGUGACAAGAAUGGCCUCAAGAAAGGACCAUGGACACAAGAGGAAGACCAGAAACUCAUCGAUUACAUUCAGAAACAUGGCUAUGGCAACUGGAGAAUACUCCCAAAGAAUGCUGGAUUGCAAAGGUGUGGAAAGAGUUGUCGUCUCCGUUGGACAAAUUAUCUCCGACCAGAUAUUAAGCGAGGUCUAUUCUCUUUUGAAGAAGAGGAGACAAUAAUUCAUCUUCAUAGCAUUCUUGGCAAUAAGUGGUCUACCAUUGCUUCUCGUUUGCCAGGAAGGACAGACAAUGAAAUCAAGAAUUACUGGAACACCCACAUUAGAAAAAGGCUCCUGAAAAUGGGAAUUGAUCCUGUCACACAUAGCCCAAGGCUUGAUCUUUUGGACCUCUCUUCUAUCCUAAGUUCACCUCUCUAUGGCUCAUCACAAAUGAACAUGUACCCUGAGAUUCUAAAGCUGGCAUCAUCACUCUUCUCCUCCUCUCAUCAGCAAAACCAAGACCUCAACAUUUGUGACCAAAAUAAUGGUCAAGAGCAUCAUAACCAAUCCUUCAAUCCUCAAAUUCAGAACCAACAAAUCCAACCUUGUGUUUCAAUGCCUUUCAAUCAAUCACGAUUGGUUGAGUCCAAUUUGAACCCAUACCCAUCGAUUUCCCCUGACUUUUGCUUCCAACAACAUUCUCAGCUAAGUGAUUGGCAGCAUUGCAAUGGAAUUGGUUCAAGCACCAAAACAGAGGAUUUUGUCCCUCAAUUACCAUGCUAUAAUUACUACAAUUCUGAUUGUUAUGCAAACAACAACAACCAGAACAUGAGCUUCUCUUCAGUUCUACCAACACCUUCGUCAAGUCCCACACCAUUGAAUUCAAACUCGACCUAUAAAAAUGGGAGCAGUAUCACUGAAGAUGAGACAGAAAGCUUUGUCAGCAGCAACAACAUAUUGAGAUUUCAAAUCCAAGAUAUGUUAUGUGUGAGUGAGUUCUUGUAAUGUUAUCACUUUACAUAUCAUCACCAAACCAAAGAAAAUUGAAUCAAUUCCAAAAGGGUUGAUUAUUUCCUUGCAUCGAUUUAUGGUGGAUCGUAGCUAGUUAAUUUCAUAAUUUGGCAUCGAUGAUGUUGAUGCUUGUAACAUUUUCUUCUAAACCUUUAAUGCUAUUGAUAGUUUGACUUUUUUAAUGCUAUUGAUAGUUUGACUUUGAUCA